AAAUCGAAAGUAGAAAAGAAUUGUUUACCAAAAGAGGGAAGAGAGAGAAAAAAACAAAACAGUUGGAGUGGUGCAAUUGCAAUACAAUGAGUUGGUGGUGGGAACAGCCACAUCACAUGGUGGUCGUAGCAAAAUUCCCCCUCCUCCAUCCUUGCUUUCUUCCUGGUGGAGUGGUUGGCUGGCUGGCUCUUAUCCUUUUCCAUUCCCAUUGGUUGAAAAUUCAUUGGUCACCACAUCACACAUUUACACCCCUGCGCAUUUUAGCAUCACCCACCACCCCACCUCCCUCCCUUUAUUUCCAUCAUCACCGUCCACCCCAUCAAUCAAUCAUCCCCCGUGGUCCAAUUCCUUUUCCACCACCCACAUAUCCCCUCCUUCUAUUCCUUUUUCUUUUUAUUUUCUCUCUUUAAAACAUAUAUAUAUUAUAUCUAACAGAAAAAAAAAAAAAACUGUUCUUGUAUCUAGAUCUCGAUGUCGGCCACCGCGAUCACACUAUCUACAGCCGAAAAACCCAUCCGGAGAUUCCCGCCACCAUGCUGGACACAAGAAGAAGCCUUAUCAUUGAUCCAAGCUUACCGUGACCGAUGGUACGCUCUCCGCCGUGGCUACCUCCGUACAGCCGACUGGGACGCCGUCGCUGAAGACGUCGGACGUCUCUACCCCGCCAACCCACCCAAAACCUCCGCACAGUGCCGACACAAGAUCGAGAAACUCCGGCAACGGUACCGGGCUGAGAAACAGCGCGCGCUUUCUUUCCCCGGUGGUCAGUUUGUAUCUACGUGGUUUUACUUUGAAGCUAUGGAUUCCAUGGAGAAAAAUGGUAAUGGAUCUAACCCUGGUGAGGAAAACGGUAUGGAUUCGGGUUUGAAUCCGGGUCGUGGGAUCCGGUUUAAACCGGUACCGGUAUCUGUUGAUCAUAGUUUGGUGACUAUUGCUUCUAGGUCUAAUAAUAAUAAUAAUAAUAAUAAUAAUAAUUUUAGAGCUAGUAAUAAUAGUUAUGUUGUACAAGAAGAUGAUGAUAUUGAUAUUGAUGAUGAAAUUGAACAUGGAUAUUAUAUCCAACCGCCGCCUAUUAGUAGUAAAAAUCUAGGUAAAUCACACAAGUUACCCUCAGUAAAUUAUCAAGAUUUUGAUGGGGCUAGAGCUAGGAAGUUUAGUAAGACGGGUUCUAACUCGACUCAUAGUUAUUGGAAUGAGAAUGUGGAUGUAAACGACGACGACGACGAUGGGCUUGAAGAAGACGAGGUUUGGGUGAAGAUGCCUAAAGAUAGGAAUUCGGCUUCAAAAGACAAGUAUGGCGAUAGGGGUUAUCGGUACGUUGGUGGUGAAAGUGAGAAAAGAGGGGUGAAGAGAGAAAAUGAUUCAAUAGGGCAAAUUGUGGCAUCGAUUAAGGAUUUGGCUGAUGGUUUUGUGAAUAUGGAGAAGAUGAAGAUGGAAAUGGUUCGUGAAAUUGAGAAAAUGCGAAUGGAUGCUGAGAUGAAACGGAAUGAGCUCUUGCUUCAGUCGCAGAAACAGAUUGUUGAGGCUUUCGUUAAAGGAUUAGCUGAGAAUAAGAAACAAGAACAACAAUGAUGCAUCAUCUAUCUCUAUCUACCUAUAGAUAAUAAGGAACAUUUGAGGCGUCUAUAGUAAGUUUAAGGCUUGGUUUUGCUUCAUUAAAUGUUAUAUAUUUUAACAAUAAUUCUCUUAUAUAUAAUGUAUGUAGAGAUCAAUAGAUCAUUGUUCAUGUAGUGUAAUUGUAACACUUGCCCAUAUAUGUCUACAAUCAUAAGUGAGGUAGAAUAUGUACCCUUGGUUCA